CAAAUCAGGCACAUAUUGCUUUGUUGGUCCUGCAGAGAGACCCUACUACGCGGUGCCACAGUACCUGGCUCUAUCACAGUAUUUUUGUAGCUGUUGAUGAACUUCUCUGGACGAGGGUCCUAGGAGUGACAGUGCUGUGAGAUCAACCCCCCCGUUGAUCGACCGCCAUGAGGCUUCUUCCAUUCACCCUGUUGCUGCUGUGCAGCAUUUUCGUCUGUGUCUCUGCAUGGACCAAGGAAGACCAUGAAAUCUUCCGUCUACGAGAUGAGCUUGCAACUGCGGAAGGCGAAAAUGUGACUUUUUACGAUUUCCUAGGGGUGCGUCCCAAAGCAACCCAGGACGAGAUUACCAAAGCGCUCCGCAAGAAGUCGAAGCUCUACCACCCAGACAAGGUCAAACAAUCUCUCUCGGCGUCCAAGGCAACUGCUGCCGCAAAGACCGCUCGUGGUAAAGGCAAGAAACCCGGCGUGCACGUCAACAAAGGUCCCUCGCAGAGCGAACUCCGCCAGGCCGUUGCUCAAGCGAACCAACGGUUCGCGCGCCUCACAGUGGUGGCCAAGAUUCUCGGCGGACCUACCCGCGAGCGGUACGAUCAUUUCCUCAAAAAUGGGUUUCCUCGAUGGAAAGGCACGGGAUAUUACUAUGCGCGGUUCAGGCCUGGUCUAGGUUCCGUGCUGGUCGGUUUGCUUGUCGUCGGCGGAGGUGGUGCCCACUACGCAGCCAUGUAUCUAGGCUGGAAGAGGCAACGUGAAUUCGUCGAAAGAUAUGUUCGUCAGGCAAGACGGGCUGCUUGGGGCGACGAGUUGGGUAUCCCAGGUAUUACUGCUGGAAUGGACGCGUCCGCAUCUGCGCCUGCCCCGCCUCCUUCCGAAGAACCUGCCAUGGUCUUGAACCGACGUCAGAGAAGGUUGCAAGAAAGAGAUAACAAACGGGAAUCUUCUCAGGGCAAGAAGUCCAAGAAUAACCGAAAAAGCGGUACCAAUACACCCGUCGAAGCCGAAGUGAGUGGUGGUCCCGUUGGAGAACGGAAGAGAGUCGUUGCAGAGAACGGCAAGGUGCUUAUCGUUGAUGCAAACGGUAAUGUGUACCUCGAGGAAGAAAACGAGGAUGGCGAAAAGGCAGAAUAUCUCUUGGAUAUUGAUGAAAUUGCCAAACCCUCCUUCAAGCAGACCGCGUUGUACCGACUGCCAAUUUGGGCUUUCAACCAAACAGUCGGACGGGCAAUCACGCCUCUGCGAAAGCCCGAGGAAGGCGAGCUGGAGCCAGAAGAGAGCGAUUCCGGCGACAGUGAUACCCUGGCUCCGGACACGCCAACACCGCUCCCUGGCGCGAGAAACAGCCGCGGCGGGGCACAGAGACGAAGAAGAGGCAGGUAAAAUAUGUUGGUCAUGUAAGGAUGAAAUGAUCUAUACAGCAUAAAAUAAAAGUCUUUUUGUUUGAAGUAUUCGAAUCUAGCUGUUCCGCAUAGCUCUUUGGUCAUGUCAUAGUUUGCCUCUAGAAAACUGUCAUAUACUGCGAGUGAUGAUAUCCUUUAUAUCUAUUCGUGCAUCCCAUCAUUCAAAGUUAAAAUCUAAAAAAACAAAUCGUGUAUCAUAACGGCGUCAGGUCGAAGCGAAAUAAUUUCGUGAAGAAUUGAAAGUCAAAUCCCAAAU